AUCUCCUUCCAUUAUGCCUUAUUUAAGCUGAGCAUACAAUUUAGAUGACUACAUCACGCAAAGGAAAAGCGCCAGAACGAGGAAACACAUCCAAGUUUCCCGCUAAGAGAAAAGUGCCUGACGAAGACGGUCCUGCCUCUGAGGCCCAGAAGAAGCCUCGGGUAUCUAUCGCUGAACUAUUGUCCUCCCAGCAGAGCAACGAUCCGAAUGAAGGUCGUCAGAUAGGAAAAGGAAACGGCGACGGUGACAAGAGAGGAGACAAAAUGGAUACCAAAGCUUCCCCGCCAGCCAGACUGUCCAACAAGGACAUGUACACCUUCACUUCCAAGUCCACCACGAACAACGUUGUCGACCUGACGGGCUCCCCUGAAUCACACAAGAGAAAGACGUCAUUCGCGAGUACAAAGGUGCCUUUCAACCCGCAUCAAGGGCCGAAGAAGUUGGUCGUCAAGAACCUGCGCACAGUACCUCGGAUAGACCCCCAACAGUACUUCGAACAAAUAUGGGCGCAGGAGGACAAAGCUCUUGAUGCAGUCUUCAGAAAUGAGAAGCAGCCAUACUCACUAGAGGAGCUCUACAAAGGUGCAGAAAAUGUCUGCCGCCAAGGCAAGGCUGCUGAGCUGUAUGCCAGGCUAAGCAGGAAGUGUGAGACCUAUCUCACGGAUGCCGUUAGAGACAGUAUCCGUCGAGACGAAGGCAACUCAUCCGAUGCCGAUGCUCUGCAGGCGUUUGUAAGCGCUUGGGCAACCUGGCAAAAGCAAUUGUUGACAGUCCGCCAAAUAUUCUACUACCUUGACCAGACUUUCCUCCUUCGCUCUGCUGAAAACGCGAGUAUCACCGAGAUGGGUCUGAUCAAAUUUAGAUCUUGCGUCUUCCAGGAUCAAUUUAUCAAACCAAAAGUCCUAAAGGGAGUGGUGACGCUGAUCGACUCAGACAGGAAGGGGAGCCUUGGUGAAAAGGACACCAGUCUCCUACGUCAAGCCGUCGACUCAUUACACGAGUUGAGCAUAUACACCAGCGAAUUCGAGCCAGUCUUGCAAUCCACCACAGAACGGUACUUCAAGACAUGGCGAGAGACGGAAGCUAACAAGGACGACCUUGCGGCAUAUGUGAACAACUGUACCGAUCUACUCGCUCGGGAAAUGUCUCGAUGUGACUUUCUCACCUUGGACCGGAGCACAAGAGCUCAAAUUUCGGACCUGUUCGAUGAGAUACUGGUUGAGCAGGAAUUAGAGGUCCUUACAAGUGAGGACAGUAUUUUGGAUCUUCUCGAAGAUGACAAGUAUGAGGAAUUAGAGCGACUGUAUACUCUUCUCCAGAGGAAGUCACACGGCGAGAAAUUAGCAUCAACCUUCGGCAAAUAUGUUGAAACGGAAGGAUCGAUGAUUGUGUUUGACGAGAAGCGAGAAGCGGAAAUGGUCGUUAGACUUCUCGAAUUUAAGCGACGGUUAGAUCGGUACCUCAAGUAUUCCUUCCGCAGCAACGAGACACUCGGGAAUGCUCUGCACAAAGCUUUUGAGUUGUUCAUCAACAAAACCAAGAAGACUCAGUCGAAUUGGGACACGGACAACAACAAACCUGGGGAAAUGAUUGCAAAACAUGUCGAUCUCCUUCUCAAAGGUGGCGUCAAAGCGAUCCCACGUCUUCAGACACAGAAAUCCGAUCCAUCGAGACCCGAGGAAGAACAUGACUUUGACGAAGGCGCUGCAGACGAAGACGCCGAAAUUAACCAACAUCUCUCAAACGCUCUGGAUCUGUUCCGUUUCGUCCACGGCAAAGCAGUCUUCGAAGCCUUCUACAAGAAAGAUCUAGCUCGACGCUUGCUCAUGGGUCGCAGCGCUUCCUUCGACGCCGAACGCAACAUGCUCACACGGCUGAAGAACGAAUGCGGGGCUGCAUUCACGCACAACCUCGAAUCCAUGUUCAAAGAUAUGGAUCUCGCCCGCGAAGAGAUGAUGUCGUACAACCAAUUGCUAGACGACCGAGGCGGCAAAUCCGCCGGACCAGAUCUCCAUGUUAACGUCCUCUCCGCCGCUGCGUGGCCCACGUAUCUCGAUGUAACCGUCAACAUCCCACCUGACAUCGCCAAAGUCAUGGCGGAUUUUGAGACGCACUACAAAGCAAAACACAGUGGUCGAAAACUUUCCUGGAAACACUCCCUUGCGCACUGCCAACUCCGCGCCAGAUUCCCCAGGGGAAACAAAGAACUGGUUGUCUCGGGCUUCCAAGCCAUCGUGCUGCUCCUGUUCAAUGACAUGCCGGCCGACAAACACCUCAGUUACACCGAGAUCAAAGCGUCUUCUGGCCUGGUCGACGCCGAGCUCAAACGCACAUUGCAAUCUAUCGCGUGUGCCAAGUAUCAGGUCCUCAAGAAACACCCGAAGGGCCGUGAGAUCAACGAGACCGACACGUUUACGUUCAAUGCGGCCUUUGCGGACCCGAAGUUGCGUGUCAAGAUCAACCAGAUCCAGCUCAAGGAGACGAAGGAAGAGAACAAAGAAACGCACCAGCGUGUCGCGGCGGACCGGCACUACGAGACGCAAGCGGCGAUUGUACGCAUCAUGAAGUCGCGCAAGAAGAUCGGGCACAAUGAGUUGAUCGUCGAGGUUAUCAAGGCGACCAUGUCGAGAGGUGUGCUGGAUCAGGCUGAUAUUAAGCGGAACAUCGAGAAGUUGAUCGAGAAGGACUACAUGGAGAAGGAGGAAGGAAACAGCUAUUCGUAUGUGGCGUGAUCGCCUCUCGUCCUUGGAGAGAGGUAAGCCGGCUGGGGGUCGUGGGUGUUGAGAUGUGCUAUAAAUUGCAAAGAUGGACGUCUUUUCGAGCUGAACAAUUGGACAUUCGAGGAGGAUGUAUGAUGAGGAUCAUGAAAGUACGAUCAAUUUUGACAGCAGAGCUAGAAGGGAACUGUAGAACAAUGCAACAGACGCCCAGCGCGACAAUCAAGUGCGAUCCAGA